GGUCCUUCAGCUCACUGGAUGUAUCUUCUUCUCUGGGGUCUGCGCUGUGGAGGGGACGGCUAAGCAUUGUAGCGCUGUAUAUAUAGCCAGGAGUGUGCCUGCUAGGCGUCACCAUACACAUGUUACUAUAUACAGUAUAUAUAGCUAGAUGCUUCACAGUACAUAUAUGUAUGUGAUUACAUAGUGUGUACUACACAUACGGUUAUACACAUAAUCCUCCACUGUGUAAUCCUCACUAUAGCACAAUGCUGAACGUCCCCUCUUCUUCAUUCCCUGUCCCCAAUUCCCAGCAAAGAGUGUCUGCAGGUGGGAGAAACAAGACCCCAUUGAAACCUGGAAGGAGCCUUAUGGACUGGAUCAAACUUAAAAGUAGUGGCAAAGAUUUAACAGGCCUAAGAGGACGUUUAAUAGAAGUGACAGAAGAAGAACUUGCAAAACACAAUAAGAAGACAGACUGCUGGACAUGUAUCAGGGGAUUGGUGUACAAUGUGACACCUUACAUGGAAUACCAUCCAGGUGGAGAAGAGGAGCUCAUGAAAGCAGCUGGAAUAGAUGGCACUCAGCUUUUUGAUCAGGUUCAUCGUUGGGUUAACUAUGAGUCAAUGCUAAAGGAAUGUCUAAUUGGAAGAAUGGCUGUGAAACAUGCAUCAUUAUUGAAAGGUUUAAAUUCAACUGAAAACCCAGAAAAGAGAUGCCGAAACGGUACACAUCCUAGCAAUGUUUCACAGGAGGCCUGUAAAGCAUUUAAGCCCAGAUAUGAUUGGUUCCAAACUGAUUCUUCAGUCACAAUUAUUAUCUAUACUAAACAAAAGAUCAUGAGUCCGGAGAUGGUUACAGUUGAUUACCAAGAGAACGUCCUCAGAGGAGACAUAACGAUAGGAGAUUACUCCUAUCUUCUGCUUAUUGAAUUGAGCCAUACAAUAGGAGACUUUACAGUUUGUACAUCACAUAAUGGAAAAAUAGAAGUGAUUCUGCACAAAGAAGAUUGCAAGUCAUGGAAGAACCUUGGACAGCCAUUAGAAGGAAAUAACUCUUUUAUUAAAAAGUCUCAAAGAGGAGUUUAUUAUAGAAGCUGCAGACUAGCUUCAAAAACAGAAAUCAAUCACAAUACCAGGUUAUUUUGCUUUGAACUACCUCAGUGCUGUCAUCUUCAAGUUCCUGUGGGACAUCAUGUUUACCUCAAGCUAACAAUUGCAGGAAUGGAAGUAGUAAAGCCAUAUACACCUGUGUCACAGGACUUAGUAUUGGAUUCCAUACAGUCAACACACUGUAAUAAGAAUUAUAUUUACAUGAUGAUUAAAAUCUACACAAAUGGAAGUUUUACUCCGAACAUCGAUAAACUGGAAAUAGGUGACCAUAUCUCUGUCAGCAGCCCUCAAGGAUCUUUUAAGAUGGCCAAGAUUGACAAUAUGGAGGAUAUUUUCCUGGUGGCAGCUGGUACCGGGUUUACACCAAUGGUUAAACUUUUGAAGAAUCUUCUGAGCAGUUCUUCCAGCCUGAGAAAAGUAAAACUGAUUUUCUUCAACAAAACAGAAGAUGAUAUUUUAUGGAAAGAGCAACUGGAAAAAUUGUGUUUAUUGGAUAAGAGGUUUGACACUCAAUUUAUCCUUUCUGAACCUUCUGAAUCAUGGGUUGGACAUAAAGGCCAAAUAUCAUCUUCCCUUCUUUUAGAGGCUUUAUCACGAAGUAAAGAAGAUUCCUCUGUUUUUAUAUGUGUUUGUGGUCCAAAUGAUUUUGUUGACCAAGGAUUAAGGUUUCUAGAAGAUCUUGGUUUUUCAACAGAAGAAAUUUUUGUUUUCAAAGACUAACUGAUCAACUGCCGCUAAAAAAUGGCAAAGGUUUGGUGCAAAGGAAGACUUGAGCUGAGACAUUUCUUUUCUGUUUUCCAUUUCUUUUUCUUCAUGUUAAUGCACAGUUUUUGUUUAUAACUUAAAAUGUAUCUUCUAUAUUUUAUUUCUAAGAGGCACAUAAGAAAAGAAUGUCUUCCAUGUUUGCUGUUUUUAUUGGAACAAGACAUAUAAAUAUCCUUUAUAAUAAACUUUUUGUACUAGUAAUGCACAGGCCUAUUUACAAUGUUACACUGCAUUAAAAUGUAAUUGUCUCUCUGUUUCUAGUGUCUUUUUUUUUCAUAUUCAAUUAUAUUGGGAUAUCACAAUAUGUUUUUGUGGCGUGUACUACUCUUCCUGAUAAUCAUUUAAAUUAGUUAAGCUCUUCAAACCCUUAAGGAUCGGGCGUUUUUCGUUUUUUUCCUCCUUACCUUUAAAAAAUCAUAACUCUUUAAAUUUUGCACCUAAAAAUCUGUAUUAUGGCUUAUUUUUUGCGCCACCAUUUCUACUUUGUAUUGAUAUCAGUCAUUUUACCCAAAAAUCUAUGGCAAAAUGGGAAAAAAAAUCAUUGUGCGACAAAAUUGAAAAAAUACAGCCUUUUGUAAAUUUUGGGGGCUUCCGUUUCUACGUAGUACAUUUUUCGGUAAAAAUUACACCUUAUCUUUAUUCUGUAGGUCCAUAUGGUUAAAAUGAUACCCUACUUAUAUAGGUUUGAUUUUGUAUUACUUCAGAAAAAAAAUCAUAACUACAUGCAGGAAAAUUUAUACGUUUAAAAUUGUCAUCUUCUGACCCCUAUAAUUUUUUAUUUUUCCGUGUUCAGGGCGCUAGGAGUGUUAAUUUUUUGCGCCGUGAUCUGAAGUUUUUGUCGAUACCAUUUUUGCAUUGAUCUGACUUUUUGAUCGCUUUUUAUUCAUCUUUUCAUGAUAUAAAAGUGACCAAAAAUACGCUAUUUUGGACUUUAGAAUUUUUUUGCGCGUACGCCAUUGACCGUGCGGUUUAAUUAGUGGUAUAUUGUUUUAAUUCGGACAUUUCCGCACGCGGCGAUACCAUAUAUGUUUAUUUACACUAAUACCGGGUGAUUCAAACUUUUAUUAGGGGAAGGGAUAAUUCAAAGGGUUAAUGAUUUUUUUUUACACUUUUCUUUUGCAAUAUUAUAGCCCCCAUAGGGGGCUCUACAUUGCAUUUACUGAUCUUUAACUGUGUUCAAUGCAUCUCCAUAGGGAUGCAAUGAUCAGUGUUUUCGGCAAUUGAUUGCUCAAGCCUGGAUCUCAGGCUUGAAGCAUUCAAUCGGCGAUCGGACUGCAGGAAGGAAGGUAAGAGACCUUCCUCCUGUAGUACAGCUGUUCGGGAUGCCGCGAUUUCACCGCGGCGAUCCCGAACAGCUCCCUGAGCUAACCGGCACUUUUUACUUUCACUUUUAGCCGCGUGGCUCAGCUUUGAGCGCGCGGCUAAAGGGUUAAUAGUGUGCGGCAUAGUGAGCGCUAUUAGCGGCGGGUUCCGACUUCACUGUGACGCCGGGCCCACCGCGAUAUGAUGCGGGGUCACCGUGGGACCCUGCGUUAUAUCACGGGAGCGGGACCAAGGACGUACUCAUACGUCCUUGGUCCUUAAGGAGUUAAGAGAACAGACUGUUUUGACCUUAAGGACCAUGCAAAUAAACUCUUAUAGAUUUCCAUCCACAGACCCAUGAGGGCUUGUUUUUUGCACGACCAAUUGUUCCGUGUAAUGACACUCAUUUUACAACAAAAUGUAUGGCAAAACCAAUAAAAUGUGUACUUUAUGGUAAAAAUUAUGUUUUCAUUAUUCUGUGGGUCAAUACAAUUAAAAUGAUAUCCAUGUUUACAUGCUUUU